AUGGCUGGGGGCGCGUGGGACUGGGCCCGGGGGGCUCCCGUGGGAGCCCUAACCGUGACGGCUCUGGCUGAAGGGAUCCGGGCCAGCCAGGGGCAGCCCCCGGGACCCCCUUCCACCGGCCCUCAGCCCGAACCUGAGCUUGAACGCGGGGUAGAGCCUGGGCGGGCAGCCGCCAUUCCCCCAGCUGGCAGUGAGCCCUUCUCCCAGCCUCCUGCCCAGGAGCCAGCCCCUGAGGGACCCAGCUCCCCUCGCCCCCACUCCCAGACUCCCCAGAGUUCCUUGGAAGAGGGGGCCCUCGCAGACCUGGCGUCGUACACGGCUGCCUGUCUGGACGAGGCUGGCUUUGCAGGAACGCAGGCGACAGCACUCACCCUGUCCUCAGCCCUGGAGGCCCGGGGGGAGCGGCUGGAGGACCAGGUGCACGGCCUUGUGCGAGGGCUGCUGGCACAGGUGCCCAGCCUGGCGGAGUGGAGGCCCCAGCAGGCGGCCCUGCAGGUGCUGAGCACACUGGCCCUGGAGCACUCUCGGGACGUGGUGUGUGCACUGCUGCCAUGCUCACUGACCCCGGACCGGGCGGCAGCCGAGCUUUGGCACAGCCUGAGCCAGAACCAGCGCGUGAAUGGGCAGGUGCUGGUGCAGCUGCUGUGGGUGCUAAAGGGCUCGGCCAGAUCCCAGCUGGAGGCACUGGCGGCCACUCGUGCCCUUGGGGAGAUGCUGGCUGUGUCCGGCUGCGUGGGUGCCACACGGGGCUUCUACUCGCAUCUUCUCCUUGUGCUGGUCACACAGCUACAUGAGCUGGCCCGGGACCCAUGCCCCACUGACAUCCCCAAGGUUUGGGCCCCAUCCCACCAAGGGCUACCGUACAGCCACGCCAGCUGCACAGUGGAGGCCUUGAAGGCCCUGUUCACUGGGGAUGGCUGCUGCAUGGUGGUCACGUGCAUGGAGCGGGCUGGAGGCUGGAGAAGACUGGUGGGAGCCCACACCCACCUGGAGGGUGUCCUGCUGCUGGCCAGUGCCAUGGUGGCGCACGCCGACCACCACUUGCGAGGCCUGUUCGCGGACUUGCUGCCCCAGCUGCGCAGCGCGGAAGACGCACAGCGCCUCACGGCUAUGGCCAUCUUCACCGGACUGUUGCAGAGCCGGCCCACCACGCGGCUUCUGCGGGAGGAGGUCAUCCUGGAGCGGCUCUGCGCUUGGCAGGGCGACCCCGAGCCCACCGUGCGCUGGCUGGGCCUGCUGGGCCUCGGGGUCUCCCACGAGUCCCCGUCCCUGCAGGUGCGUCACGUGAGCACGCUGCUGCCCGCGCUCCUGGGCGCCCUGGGCGAGGGUGACGCGCGGCUCGUGAGCGCCGCACUGGGGGUGCUGCGGAGGGUCCUGAUGCGGCCGCGGGCGCCGGUGCGCCUCCUGGGCGCGGAGCUGGGACCGCUCCUCCCACCGCUUCUGGAAGACGCCCGGGACUCGGUCCGCGCCUCGGCGGUCGGGCUCCUCGGGACGCUGGUGCGGCGCGGCCGGGGCGGGCUCCGGGUGGGGCUCCGCGGCCCCCUGCGGAAGCUGGUGCUGCAGAGUCUCGUGCCGCUGCUGUUGCGACUGUAUGACCCCAGACAGGACACCAAUGAGAGCUCAGAGUGGACCCUGACCCUCUGUGACCAGGCCCUACGCUGGGGCCUACUGGAGGAGAUGGUCACCGUGGCCCGCUGCAACAGCCCUGAGGCCCUAAGCCGCAUCUGCCACCGCCUGGUUCAGUGGUACCCAAGUCACGUGCCCCGCUUCCUGAGCCAGACCCAGGGCUACCUGCAGAGCCCACAGGACUCCCUGCGCUGGGCAGCUGUUGCGCUCAUGGGCUUCCUGGUCCAUCACUCAAGCCCCAGCUGCAUCAACCAGGACCUGCUAGACAAUCUGUACCAGGACCUGGGGCAGCUGCAGAGUGACCCUGAGCCCACUGUGCUGGCAGCGGCACAAGCGUCCACCCAGCAAGUGGUGCUGCUGGCUCAGGCGCAGCACCCUCCCUGCCGUGGGUGCCUCCUGGGCCUCCUGCGCCUUCCCUGCCUGGGCUGGCGCCACGCCCACCCUGCCCGGCCCCCACCAGUCUACAGAGACAGCCCGUUCCAGCACCACCGGAGCCCCGCUGGCCCCUGGGGCUGCUUAGGACCAGGCUGA